AUGGCUUCCUCGCCGUUGCCACCCCUCAACUUUGGCCAGUACAUCAACGAGAAGCUGACUCGUGAGAAUUAUCUUCUCUGUAAGGCGCAAGUCAUGCCCUUCCUUUAUGCCGGCGGCUACAUUAGCCUCAUCGAAGGGACAGAGCCAUGUCCUGACGGCUUGCUCACCGUGACGUCGCAAGUGCCUAAUCCCUUGUAUCUCCAGUGGGUGCAACGGGAUCGAACUGUGUUGGGCUUCCUUCUAUCGUCCCUCACAAGGGAGGUGCUCUCCCAGCUGCAUGCCAAGUUAAUGCAAAUCAGCAUGCAAUUGGCCAACCUUGAAAAAGGAGACAUGACGGGUGCCGAGUAUUUCCCGAAGGUGCAGAACCUGGCGGACAUGAUGGCUUCUAUCAGCAAGCCACUCAUCGAUCAAGAGGUGAUUGCUUACUUCCUUGCUGGACUCGAGGGUGACUAUGAUCCUCUGAUGGCGACGGUCACUCUUCGCAAUGAUCCCAUAGUGCUCAGUGAUUUCUAUGUGCACUUCCUCAACUUUGAAGCACGACUGACCGCGUGCAACAAGUUCACGCUAGGAGAUGGAGCCUCGGCCAAUUUUGCACGUGGCGGCAUCAACCAGAACCGCGAUCAAGGAGGCAACUGCAGAAAUUCUGGGGUAGGGGCCAUGGACGUGGUGGACGAGCCCCCACACACCAUACCAAUGGAAACAUCUCCGGAAACUUGCGUGGCUUCAACACCAACCAGUCAAAGAGUGAGCAUCAGGUGUGCUAGCUUUGAAAGAAGGUCGGCCAUGAUGUAG